UUGACCACCCAUUUUAAACGCUUACCUGUUUCUGUUCUCGUUUCACUCCUGUUCAAACAACAGAGAAUGACGAAAAACUGUGGAAAAUUCACGGUUCCUGUCGAGGAGUUUGUUUUCGCUUAGAUGGAAGCACGACGGCUUGCGGUUCUCUGUUCCCAUCUUCGCCAGAUUGAUCCGGGACCUUCUAGCUUACCUGAACGGCCAAAAUUGAACACUUUAUCAGGUUUGUCGACUUCCAAUUGCUCUACCAAUGCGGAUGAUCAGCACAGAAGUGAUUCUGCGAAGAAGAAUGAAGAAAAGCAUUGUAUUUUCUGUAAGAUUAUUCGAGGUGAAUCCCCUGCAUUCAAGCUAUAUGAGGAUGACAUAUGCCUGUGCAUUUUGGAUUUAAAUCCACUCAUUCAUGGGCACUCACUUAUUAUUCCAAAAUCUCAUUUUUCAUCCUUGGAAGAAACUCCUCCUCCUGUGGUUGCUGCAAUGUGUUCUAAAGUGCCUUUCAUCAGCAAAUCAAUUAUGAGAGCUACUAAAUGUGACUCAUUCAACUUAUUGGUUAAUAGUGGUGCAGCUGCAGGCCAAGUUAUAUUUCAUACACAUAUCCAUAUAGUUCCUCGGAAUGCACACGAUCAGUUAUGGACUUCCAAGAGUUUUAGGAGACGACGCAUAAAGCUGGACAAAGAAGCAGCUCAGCUUGCAGAUCACAUUCGAGAACAGUUCAAGGUGCUUGAGAAAAAUUGUGAAGAUCACAGUUCUCAGCAAUCUAGCGCAGUAGGAAAAGAGUGAGAUUGCUGAUUACCAUGCUAGAUUCCUGAAUUUGUAUUCUAUGUACAUUAAUUGUCAAUUUAUCAUUCUUUGGAGUAAGUUCAAAGUUGAGCAACUGUGUUUAAGUCGUGUUAUAUUAGGUAUCAGUGUGUCGAGAAAUAAAUUUUCUUGCUUAACAAUUAAUUGUGGAUGUUUAAAACACCGUUUCGGUAGUGCCAUUGUGAUUAUUUGUAAUUGAUCGCAUGAGUAGUUUAAGGUGAUGUCCUGUUGUGCGUGUGUAUGGCGCACACGUCGUACAUGUACAUACUUGGUAACCUGGGUUGUCGGAUGGGUAACCUGGUAAUCCAGUUAUAAUCUGGUUUCUUGUUUACUUCUAAUCUGCUAUGUUACAAAACCUGUUGGCUCAGUCAACAACCUGUUACCUGGAUGCCAA